GACACACCCACACCCACACCCACACCCACACCCCACACCCCACACCCCACACCCCACACCCACACCCACACCCACACCCGCUUAAUGAAUUGAUUUCUUUUAUGCAGAGUGACGAAUUUAACAAUACUUUCAAACAAGUUUUGGCUUCAGUGUAUCCUACAGCUAAGAUUUUCAUGAAAAAUGGCAUAUAUGAUCAAGCAAUUAUAAUUUUGGAGGGCGCAAUAAACAAUAUGAAUUUAGUCACGAACAUUCCAUCUGAUCCAUUGCAUAUACCCAGAUGUUACAUGCAACUCGGUCAUUGCUAUCACGAACUUAAAUUAUAUGAUAAAUCAUUAGAAAAUUAUGAAUUGGCGCUCGAACAAAAUAUCCGAUUACCAUCCGAUGAAUACAUUGAAUUAUUGCUUGGCCUUGGCAAGACAUUGGAAGUUACGAAUAACUACAAAGAAGCUUUGUAUAAAUAUAUCGAAAUAGCUGAAAUUUAUCAGAAUCCGUUGAAUAUAAGUAGUUCCGAAGAGCGUCAUUUCAUCGACGAAUGUAUUUGACGAGUUACAUCGCAUCUUAUUCCGACAGACUGAAUUCAUGAAACUAACGAUUUUAUCUAUUUGAACUCUCAGUUUUGUUCUCAUCCUAGUGUAUUGCAAAAUAUAUACAACACAGUUUUUUACUAUUAAAAAUAGAAAGUUUGCAAGUGACACAGUUUUUCAUAAAAAUAGAUUUUAUCUUUAAAUAAAUGUGCCUUGUGUAUUUUUCUUCGUAUGCCAUUCCACGACAAUUGUAAAAGAUAGUUUGACUGGCGUGAAAAGAACGUUAGUAAUGUGUAUGGUCAUCUUAUCUUGAGGGAUGAGGGUGAGUAGGGUGUGAGUGUGGGGUAAGAGUGUGUGAGGAUGCGGGUGAUAAUCGCUUCUUCACCCUCACCAUCACUCUCACCUACAGACACCCUCAUAGAGGAGAUUUCAAGGAAUGUGAAUUUAUAGUCUAGUCGAUUAGACAUGUGCAGAGUCGGGAGAACAAUUGCAUUAAUCGAAUUUGGUACAUGCUGAGCAAACCACGAGCAUCUCUAGAGGUCUAUAAGUAUCCAAGACUGCACUCCACCCUCUACCAAUAUUCUUUCGGAUUUCUCAAAGUCUACAAACCUCGCUUGGCACCCUCACAACUCUAUAAAUUUCGCUCGGGACCCUCUAAACAGUGGCGAAUCUAGCCAGCCGGGCGGUUCCGGCGAUUGAACUUUCAAAGUGCUUACGUCACUUAAUAAUCACAACGUAAUUUAACCAUUAUUAUCUCAUUGAUAUUGAAGCCUUACAAAGAUGGUUGUUUCACGGUGACUUGUGCUCAUUACCACUUCAGGAAAAGUAGCUUCUCUCACUCCACCAAAAUUCUAGAUCCUUCAUUGCCUCGAAAGUCUACAAAUUUCACAUAGAACAUCUCAAAGUGUGCAAAGCCUCGCUUGAGAUCCCAAAGCCUAUAAACCUCGCUUGUGAACCCUCGAAAUCUAUUAAUUGCUGUAGAAUCCGCUCCAAGUGUGAAGGUGGGUGAAGUUGAGUGAGAGUCGCCUUUUCGCUUUCAUUCCCCACCCUCAUUCACUCAACCACUCUUGCCAUCACUAGAGAUCGGCGUGACCAUUUUUCUUAGAAACUUCGUGAUCGUGACACGACCGUGACCAAAAUUCAGUCACGAUCAGUCAUGGGCAUUUUGGAUAUCUAACUAUCUCAUAUGUGAGAAGUCCAAAAAGCGUUGCUGGAAUCUUUUUUUCUGAUCCGGUAUCGAUUAAAAUGAGAGUAUUUUAUUUGGUUGCAACAAGAUCAUUUGAUCUUUAAUUUGAGCGACCAUAAAAUAUUUUUUCCCGGGUUUUGUAUUAAAAUUCAAGCUUUUUCUAGAGUUUUUGUGACUUACCGUUACGAGCACGACAGGUUAUGUCGUGACUGUGAUCGUGACCAUGAUCAAACCGGUUGUGACCGUGACCAAAAAACCUUGGUCACGUCAAUCUCUAGCCCUCACCCUCACCUUUCAACCCCGCACUCACCCGCCUACCCUUACCAACCCUCAAGAUCCGUAGGCUGGUAGACUUUGAAAAAUCCACGGUGAUUUAUAUGCUUUAUAGAGAUUCCGAUAGUCAUAUAUGAGCUUCGAGAGUUCCUAAGCGAGAUUUGUAGACUUUGAGAAGUUUCGAUGCGUAUUUACAGACUUUGAGGUAUGGGCGUGGGUGUGGGUGUCGAUGUGGGUGUGGGUGAGUGUGGGUGGGUGUGGAUGCAGGACAAGAAGAAGAUCCACACCCACAUCCACAUCCUGAACUGGAAUUAUCUUCUGUAUCAACACUUGAUAUCGAAUAUACAACACAUAUAAUCAAAUGUUGUAUCGAACAAGAAGUUAAAAGUGUUUUAGUAGAAUCGUUUCUUCUUGGUUUAUAGACUCUCAUCGAGUCAAUAUUUAAUUUUGCUAUCAUAUAACCAAUUUUUGCUCUCAUUUGUACCUAUAUUUGCUGAAUAUUUAAUACAAGCAACAAUUGAUAUAGACGAUAAAAAUAAUUAUCUAAUUUCAUGAUCACUAAGAAAAAUCGGUCAUCAAUUAAUUGUCGGUCCACAACAGAGUCCAUUAAAAAAAACACAUGCUAAUACAUUGAAAUUACCAUUAUUUGCUAAUGGAUAUGAAGCAUUGCCAAUAGAUAAUAAUCCAUAUUUAUCCAAUUUAUUUAAACCUGAUUUAACUAUUUACCGUCACUGUCAAUUACCUUAUCAACGGCAACAAUCGGUAUUUUCAAUUCAUAAGAAUAUCGAUCAAGGUGCACAAUUAAUUUCAAAAAUGAAAUUAUUUAUUGGUAAUAAACAGCGAAUUUUACAAAAGCUCAUCGAAUCUGAUACUAAUAAUGCAUGCGCUGCAGUAUUUCCAGUCUAUAUCAAACAUUAUCGUUGUAUUGAUUUAGCUCAACAUGAACUAGCUCAACCGAUCGAUCAAAAAGGGCGUGGAUGUGGGUGCGGUGUGGGUUGGGUAUGGCCGGGGUGUGGGUGGGGUGUGGAUGGGCGUGGGCGGGGUGUGGGCGGGGUGUGGAUGGGUGUGGGCGGGGUGUGGGUGUGGGUGAAUGGAAUAUUUUGACCUACACCCACACCCACACCCCGUCUCGGUGACUCGACUUGACUCGACUUGAAACCAUUUCGAAAUGACUCGGACACGACUCGAAAAAUGGCUUGACGCGCCCAUCCCUAACCCAAACACCGACCCACCCACAUUCACACCUCACCACCCACACCCACACCCACACCCACACCCCACCACCCAUACCCACACCCACACCGACAUCCCACACUCACACCCACCCACACACGCAUCCACACACCCACCGACAUCCCACACCCCACACCCCACACCCCACACCCACACCCACACCCUCCCACACCGUUACCCACACCCUCCCACAGCCACACCCUUCCACAGCCACACCCUCUCACACCCACACCCUCCCACAUCCACACCCACACCCACACCCACACCCACACCGACACUCACACCCACA